CUGGGGCGGGAUUCCAGGCUAGUCCAGGAGGAAGUCCGCACGCCGCCACCCGCUUCGGGUCCCCGGCGCUGGCAGCCCCCGGGCGCAGAGCCAGCCCAGCCGCGUUCCGAACGCGAGGGUCGCCGGCCUGGGCGCUGUCACGUCGGGGCUGCUGGAGCUGCGGAGGACCGGGCCCGAACGGCCCCUGACACCUGCGGUCUCCCGCCGGGCUGGGCAAGCGCAGAUGAAUUUACAACCAAUUUUCUGGAUUGGACUGAUCAGUUCAGUUUGCUGUGUGUUUGCUCAAACAGAUGAAAAUAGAUGUUUAAAAGCAAAUGCCAAAUCAUGUGGAGAGUGUAUACAAGCAGGGCCAAAUUGUGGGUGGUGCACAAAUUCAACAUUUUUACAGGAAGGAAUGCCUACUUCUGCACGAUGUGAUGAUUUAGAAGCCUUAAAAAAGAAGGGUUGCCCUCCAGAUGACAUAGAAAAUCCCAGAGGCUCCAAAGAUAUAAAGAAAAAUAAAAAUGUAACCAACCGUAGCAAAGGAACAGCAGAGAAGCUCAAGCCAGAGGAUAUUACUCAGAUCCAACCACAGCAGUUGGUUUUGCGAUUAAGAUCAGGGGAGCCACAGACAUUUACAUUAAAAUUCAAGAGAGCUGAAGACUAUCCCAUUGACCUCUACUACCUUAUGGACCUGUCUUACUCAAUGAAAGACGAUUUGGAGAAUGUAAAAAGUCUUGGAACAGAUCUGAUGAAUGAAAUGAGGAGGAUUACUUCGGACUUCAGAAUUGGAUUUGGCUCAUUUGUGGAAAAGACUGUGAUGCCUUACAUUAGCACAACACCAGCUAAGCUCAGGAACCCUUGCACAAGUGAACAGAACUGCACCAGCCCAUUUAGCUACAAAAAUGUGCUCAGUCUUACUAAUAAAGGAGAAGUAUUUAAUGAACUUGUUGGAAAACAGCGCAUAUCUGGAAAUUUGGAUUCUCCAGAAGGUGGUUUUGAUGCCAUCAUGCAAGUUGCAGUUUGUGGAUCACUGAUUGGCUGGAGGAAUGUUACACGGCUGCUGGUGUUUUCCACAGAUGCCGGGUUUCACUUUGCUGGAGAUGGGAAACUUGGUGGCAUUGUUUUACCAAAUGAUGGACAAUGUCACCUGGAAAAUAAUAUGUACACAAUGAGCCAUUAUUAUGAUUAUCCUUCUAUUGCUCACCUUGUCCAGAAACUGAGUGAAAAUAAUAUUCAGACGAUUUUUGCAGUUACUGAAGAAUUUCAGCCUGUUUACAAGGAGCUGAAAAACUUGAUCCCUAAGUCAGCAGUAGGAACAUUAUCUGCAAAUUCUAGCAAUGUAAUUCAGUUGAUCAUUGAUGCAUACAAUUCCCUUUCCUCAGAAGUCAUUUUGGAAAACGGCAAAUUGUCAGAAGGAGUAACAAUAAGUUACAAAUCUUACUGCAAGAACGGGGUGAAUGGAACAGGGGAAAAUGGAAGAAAAUGUUCCAAUAUUUCCAUUGGAGAUGAGGUUCAAUUUGAAAUUAGCAUAACUUCAAAUAAGUGUCCAAAAAAGGAUUCUGACAGCUUUAAAAUUAGGCCUCUGGGCUUUACGGAGGAAGUAGAGGUUAUUCUUCAGUACAUCUGUGAAUGUGAAUGCCAAAGCGAAGGCAUCCCUGAAAGUCCCAAGUGUCAUGAAGGAAACGGGACAUUUGAGUGUGGCGCGUGCAGGUGCAAUGAAGGGCGUGUUGGUAGACAUUGUGAAUGCAGCACAGAUGAAGUUAACAGUGAAGACAUGGAUGCUUACUGCAGGAAAGAAAACAGUUCAGAAAUCUGCAGUAACAAUGGAGAGUGCGUCUGCGGACAGUGUGUUUGUAGGAAGAGGGAUAAUACAAAUGAAAUUUAUUCUGGCAAAUUCUGCGAGUGUGAUAAUUUCAACUGUGAUAGAUCCAAUGGCUUAAUUUGUGGAGGAAAUGGUGUUUGCAAGUGUCGUGUGUGUGAGUGCAACCCCAACUACACUGGCAGUGCAUGUGACUGUUCUUUGGAUACUAGUACUUGUGAAGCCAGCAACGGACAGAUCUGCAAUGGCCGGGGCAUCUGCGAGUGUGGUGUCUGUAAGUGUACAGAUCCGAAGUUUCAAGGGCAAACGUGUGAGAUGUGUCAGACCUGCCUUGGUGUCUGUGCUGAGCAUAAAGAAUGUGUUCAGUGCAGAGCCUUCAAUAAAGGAGAAAAGAAAGACACAUGCACACAGGAAUGUUCCUAUUUUAACAUUACCAAGGUAGAAAGUCGGGACAAAUUACCCCAGCCGGUCCAACCUGAUCCUGUGUCCCAUUGUAAGGAGAAGGAUGUUGAUGACUGUUGGUUCUAUUUUACGUAUUCAGUGAAUGGGAACAACGAGGUCAUGGUUCAUGUUGUGGAGAAUCCAGAGUGUCCCACUGGUCCAGACAUCAUUCCAAUUGUAGCUGGUGUGGUUGCUGGAAUUGUUCUUAUUGGCCUUGCAUUACUGCUGAUAUGGAAGCUUUUAAUGAUAAUUCAUGACAGAAGGGAGUUUGCUAAAUUUGAAAAGGAGAAAAUGAAUGCCAAAUGGGACACGGGUGAAAAUCCUAUUUAUAAGAGUGCCGUGACAACUGUGGUCAAUCCGAAGUAUGAGGGAAAAUGAGUACUGCCCGUGCAAAUCCCACAACACUGAAUGCAAAGUAGCAAUUUCCAUAGUCACAGUUAGGUAGCUUUAGGGCAAUAUUGCCAUGGUUUUACUCAUGUGCAGGUUUUGAAAAUGUACAAUAUGUAUAAUUUUAAAAAUGUUUUAUUAUUUUGAAAAUAAUGUUGUAAUUCAUGCCAGGGACUGACAAAAGACUUGAGACAGGAUGGUUAUUCUUGUCAGCUAAGGUCACAUUGUGCCUUUUUGACCUUUUCUUCCUGGACUAUUGAAAUCAAGCUUAUUGGAUUAAGUGAUAUUUCUAUAGCGAUUGAAAGGGCAAUAGUUAAAGUAAUGAGCAUGAUGAGAGUUUCUGUUAAUCAUGUAUUAAAACUGAUUUUUAGCUUUACAAAUAUGUCAGUUUGCAGUUAUGCAGAAUCCAAAGUAAAUGUCCUGCUAGCUAGUUAAGGAUUGUUUUAAAUCUGUUAUUUUGCUAUUUGCCUGUUAGACAUGACUGAUGACAUAUCUGAAAGACAAGUACGUUGAGAGUUGCUGGUGUAAAAUACGUUUGAAAUAGUUGAUCUACAAAGGCCAUGGGAAAAAUUCAGAGAGUUAGGAAGGAAAAACCAAUAGCUUUAAAACCUGUGUGCCAUUUUAAGAGUUACUUAAUGUUUGGUAACUUUUAUGCCUUCACUUUACAAAUUCAAGCCUUAGAUAAAAGAACCGAGCAAUUUUCUGCUAAAAAGUCCUUGAUUUAGCACUAUUUACAUACAGGCCAUACUUUACAAAGUAUUUGCUGAAUGGGGACCUUUCGAGUUGAAUUUAUUUUAUUAUUUUUAUUUUGUUUAAUGUCUGGUGCUUUCUAUCACCUCUUCUAAUCUUUUAAUGUAUUUGUUUGCAAUUUUGGGGUAAGACUUUUUUUAUGAGUACUUUUUCUUUGAAGUUUUAGCGUUCAAUUUGCCUUUUUAAUGAACAUGUGAAGUUAUACUGUGGCUAUGCAACAGCUCUCACCUACGCGAGUCUUACUUCGAGUUAGUGCCAUAACAGACCACUGUAUGUUUACUUCUCACCAUUUGAGUUGCCCAUCUUGUUUCAUACUAGUCACAUUCUUGUUUUAAGUGCCUUUAGUUUUAACAGUUCACUUUUUACAGUGCUAUUUACUGAAGUUAUUUAUUAAAUAUGCCUAAAAUACUUAAA